UUCGCUGCCCUUCCUCCUGCUGAACAGUCUAGAAGGUGCUGCACGCCUACAAGUUCACGCGCUCUCUCUCUCUUACAUACACACAUAUAUAUAUCGAUAUACAAACACCAACAUCUUAUAUUACUUUCUGGAAUUUGAUACGGGUUACAAAGACAUCGUUUUAAACAAGGACUAGGAAAUUAUCUGACACCGUCUGGGCUGCACCUCAGCUAGUUAACACACUCCACACACACACCCCAUCAACUCAGUCAGCAGGUGGACCUGAACCUCACACAUUGUAGUGCGAACAUGACUGCAGAAGAAGUCUCAAACGACGGGCAGAGCAUCACUAUGCAGGGAGACGACAUCACUCCUAAGAAAGAUGGAGGAGUUUUGAAGCUGGUGAAGAGAGAGGGCACAGGUACAGAGUUACCUAUGACGGGUGACAAAGUGUUUGUGCAUUACGUCGGCACUCUUUUGGACGGCACUCAGUUCGACUCCAGCCGUGACCGAGGAGAGAAGUUCUCGUUCGAGUUAGGAAAAGGUCAGGUGAUUAAAGCAUGGGAUAUCGGUGUGGCGACGAUGCGCAUUGGUGAAAUCUGUCAACUGAUUUGCAAACCUGAGUAUGCGUAUGGAUCUGCUGGAAGCCCCCCCAAAAUCCCACCCAGCGCCACCCUGGUGUUCCAGGUCGAGUUGUUUGACUUUCACGGUGAGGACAUCACAGAGGAUGAAGAUGGUGGAAUUGUACGUAGAAUCAUCACUAAAGGAGAGGGUUACAGUAAACCAAACGAGGGUGCAUCUGUGGAAGUGCAUGUCGAGGGAACGCACGAGGGCCGCGUGUUCGACGAUCGGGAUCUGACGUUUGAGGUGGGAGACGGAGAGGGUCUCGACCUGCCGGUCGGAGUGGAGAAAGCGUUGCAGGCUAUGGAACAGGGGGAGGAGUCCUUGUUCAUCAUCAAACCAAAAUACGGCUUUGGGAACGUAGGGAAACCAAAAUUUAACAUUCCAUCUGGUGCAACACUGCAAUACAAAAUCAGACUCACAAAGUUCGAGAAGGCUAAGGAAUCCUGGGAGAUGAAUACCGGUGAGAAACUGGAGCAGAGCGUUAUCAUCAAAGAGAAAGGAACUCAGUACUUCAAAGUUGGUAAAUAUAAGCAAGCGGUGGUGCAGUAUAAGCGCAUCGUGUCAUGGCUGGAGCACGAGUCCAACCUCGUGGGCGAGGACGAAGAGAAAGCCAAAGCCCUGAGACUGGCGGCUCACCUCAACCUGGCCAUGUGCUACCUAAAACUCCAGGAGCCCAGCCCCGCCCUCGAGAACUGCGACAAGGCGCUGGAACUGGAUGCGAAUAACGAAAAAGCCCUGUUCAGGCGAGGAGAAGCGUUGUUCGUGAUGAAGGAAUUCGAUCUGGCGAGAGAAGACUUCCAGCGCGUGAUACAGCUGUAUCCGAGCAACAAGGCGGCGAAGAGCCAAGUGCAGCAGUGCCAGAAACACAUCAAGGAGCAGCACGAGAAGGACAAACGCCUGUACGCCAACAUGUUCCAGAAGUUUGCUGAGAGGGACGCUAAAAAGGAAGCCGAGCAGGCAAAGAAAGAUAGCGACAGAACAAUGGAGAUAGCGGAAAAUGGUGCCCACGAGCAGACUGCAGCAUAAAUGUGUGUUAAUAUGGCUGGUUUUGUGUGUCUAAUUAAAUGUUUUUUUGUUUGUUUUUUUAACACAGAUUUUUUUUUCUUUUUUCUUUUUUAUAAACAGUUUGUACCUAAUGAAAUGAGUGCGUGUGUAUAGGUCUGAAGCUGAACGUCUGAUCUGUAGAAUAUUGUUUUUUUCUUUUUCUUUAAGCCUCGCUUAAUUUGCGUGUUUGUGUUCAUGUGAGGCAGCUAGUCGACCCGGCUGUAUGCUUUUUGCUGCUAUUCCGCAUGAGGGUGUAGAACCGAAGGCUGUAACGCUGAAUGGAGAAUAAUUACUAGGCAGUAAAUAUUAAGCGGUACCACAGGGUCCGAUAAUGGGCCCGGCCCUGAUGGCGCUACUAAACGAUAUAUUGGAGCGCCACGACGUAGUGCUACUGUACAGAACAGAUAAAGGCAUGGAACUAAAACGAUCAUCAUGGCGACACGACUGUUUGUUGGCAUUCUUCAUCUGGUUGUAUACGUUUGAUAGCUGUUUUUUAAAAAUAUCUUUCACUGUGUUCUGUUCAUAAAGCUUUUAAACUCCCUAUAA